AUGGGAACACUGGUGCCUGUCCUGCUGUCUCUGCUGCUCCUUCUGGGUCCUGCAGAUCCCCGGGAGACCCAAACCCGUAAGUGGGGAAAGCAAGGGAUGGGUACUAGAGAAGAAUGGGAGGAAAGAAUAAAAGUAGAGCCUUUUAUUCAAGACAGCCUUCAAUGGUAUGAGUCUAACAGCAGGGAAGAGAGAGCUAGGGAGGAAAGUCUUCCUUCCUGGCUCUCUGCUGUCCCACAGAGGAUUCCCCUGGGUAGAAAAAUUCCAUACCUCAAAGUUUUCUUCUCUUUUGUAGGGCCUUACUCUCUGAUCUUUCUCUACACUGGGUUGUCCAAGCCCAGUGAAGGCUUCCCCAGGUUUCAGGCCACUGCCUACCUCAAUGACCAGGCCUUCUUCCACUACAAUAGUGAAGGCAGAAAGGCUGAGCCCCUGAAACCCUGGAGCCAGUUGGAAGGAAUAGAGGACUGGGAGAAGGAAAGCCAACUUCAGAAGGCCAGGGAGGAAAUCUUCAUGGUGACCCUGAAAGACAUCAUGGACUAUUACAAGGACGGAGAAGGGUCUCACACCUUUCAGGGAAUGUUUGGCUGUGAGCUCUGGAAUAACAAAAGCAGUGGAGCAUUCUGGAAGUAUGCCUAUGAUGGACAAGACUUCAUCGAGUUCAACAAAGAAAUUCCAGCCUGGGUCCCCUUGGACCCAGCAGCUCAGAACACCAAGCAGAAGUGGGAGGCAGAAAAAGUCUAUGUGAAGCGGGCCAAGGCCUACCUGGAGGAGGAGUGUCCUGGAAUGCUGCAGAGGUACCUGGAACACAGCAAGGCUCUCUUGGACCAACAAGAUCCUCCCUCUGUGUCAGUCACCAGCCACAUGGCUCCGGGAAGAAGUAGAACACUCAAGUGCCUGGCCUAUGACUUCUACCCACAAGGAAUUGGUCUGUACUGGACUCGGGCCGGUGAAGCGCAGGGAUCUGAGUCAGGGGGAGAUGUUCUUCCCAGUGGAAAUGGCACAUACCAGUCCUGGGUGGUGGUGGGUGUCCCUCCUCAAGACAGAGCAACCUACGCCUGCCACGUGGAGCACAGCAGCCUGGCUCAGCCCCUCACUGUGCUGUGGAGUGACAUACCGGAAACCAAGGAUAAAGGUGACUUGGGGAGUCAACCCCAAUAGCCACCCUUUCUGCCUGACAUGAGAAAGGUAAAGUUCAGAAAUCAGUCUCAACAUCAUCAAUGAAGUCCAGGGAAGCAGUUCAAGGGGACAGACAGUGAAUUUAGAGAUGCAAGACUUGAAGGCUGAGCACUGAUCUGCCUCUAGCUGCCAGAUC